CUCCGCGCCGCUGUCUUCGCGCCGGCCGGCGGCCCAACGCUUCCUGCCGCGCUUCCCCCCCGGCGUCUCGGCUCGGCAGCGCACCGGCGUGCGGCAUGUCGCGGCGGCGGCACAGCGACGAGAACGACGGAGGACAGCCUCACAAAAGGAGGAAAACUUCUGAUGCAAAUGAAACUGAAGAUCAUUUGGAAUCUUUAAUAUGCAAAGUAGGAGAAAAGAGUGCCUGCUCUUUGGAGAGCAACCUAGAAGGCUUGGCUGGGGUGUUGGAAGCUGAUCUUCCUAACUACAAGAGCAAGAUCUUAAGGCUUCUUUGUACAGUUGCACGUCUGUUACCUGAGAAGUUGACGAUUUAUACAACGUUAGUUGGACUGCUGAAUGCCAGGAAUUACAACUUUGGUGGAGAAUUUGUAGAAGCCAUGAUUCGUCAACUUAAAGAAUCAUUGAAAGCAAACAAUUAUAAUGAAGCCGUAUAUUUGGUCCGUUUUUUAUCUGAUCUUGUGAAUUGUCAUGUCAUUGCUGCCCCAUCAAUGGUUGCUAUGUUUGAAAAUUUUGUAAGUGUAACUCAGGAAGAAGAUGUGCCUCAGGUGCGACGGGAUUGGUACGUGUAUGCAUUUCUGUCUUCUUUGCCCUGGGUUGGAAAGGAGUUGUACGAAAAGAAAGAUGCAGAGAUGGACCGCAUCUUUGCCAACACUGAAAGCUAUCUUAAAAGACGCCAAAAGACUCAUGUGCCCAUGUUACAAGUCUGGACUGCUGAGAAACCACAUCCACAAGAAGAGUAUUUAGAUUGCCUGUGGGCCCAGAUUCAGAAAUUGAAAAAGGAUCGCUGGCAGGAGCGGCACAUCCUAAGACCUUAUCUUGCCUUUGACAGCAUCCUGUGUGAAGCCCUGCAGCACAAUCUGCCCCCUUUUACGCCACCUCCUCACACUGAAGACUCAGUGUACCCCAUGCCAAGGGUCAUCUUCAGAAUGUUUGAUUAUACAGAUGACCCAGAGGGUCCUGUAAUGCCAGGGAGUCAUUCAGUGGAAAGAUUUGUAAUAGAAGAGAAUCUUCACUGCAUCAUUAAGUCCCACUGGAAGGAAAGGAAGACUUGUGCUGCACAGCUAGUGAGCUAUCCAGGCAAGAACAAGAUCCCCUUGAACUACCACAUAGUUGAGGUGAUCUUUGCAGAGCUGUUUCAACUUCCAGCACCCCCUCACAUUGAUGUGAUGUACACAACACUUCUCAUUGAACUGUGCAAACUUCAGCCUGGAUCUCUACCCCAAGUUCUUGCACAGGCAACUGAAAUGUUAUACAUGCGUUUGGACACGAUGAAUACUACCUGCGUAGACAGGUUUAUUAAUUGGUUUUCCCAUCAUCUAAGUAACUUCCAGUUUCGUUGGAGCUGGGAAGAUUGGUCAGAUUGUCUUACUCAAGAUCCUGAAAGUCCCAAACCAAAGUUUGUAAGAGAAGUUCUAGAAAAAUGUAUGAGGUUGUCUUACCAUCAGCGUAUAUUAGAUAUUGUUCCUCCUACCUUCUCAGCUCUAUGUCCUGCAAACCCAACCUGCAUUUACAAGUAUGGAGAUGAAAGUAGCAAUUCUCUUCCUGGACAUUCAGUUGCCCUCUGUUUAGCUGUUGCCUUUAAAAGUAAAGCAACCAAUGAUGAAAUCUUCAGCAUUCUGAAAGAUGUACCAAAUCCUAACCAGGAUGAUGAUGAUGAUGAAGGGUUCAGCUUUAACCCACUGAAAAUAGAAGUCUUUGUACAGACUUUGCUACACUUGGCAGCCAAAUCAUUCAGCCACUCCUUCAGUGCUCUUGCAAAGUUUCAUGAAGUCUUCAAAACCCUAGCUGAAAGUGAUGAAGGAAAGUUACAUGUUCUAAGAGUCAUGUUUGAGGUCUGGAGGAACCAUCCACAGAUGAUUGCUGUACUAGUAGAUAAGAUGAUUCGUACACAGAUUGUUGACUGUGCUGCAGUAGCAAAUUGGAUUUUCUCUUCAGAACUAUCUCGUGACUUUACUAGAUUGUUUGUUUGGGAAAUCUUGCACUCCACAAUUCGUAAGAUGAACAAACACGUUCUGAAGAUCCAGAAAGAGCUAGAAGAAGCUAAAGAAAAACUCGCAAGGCAACACAAACGGCGAAGUGAUGAUGAUGACAGAAGUAGCGACAGGAAAGAUGGGGCUCUUGAGGAACAAAUAGAAAGACUGCAGGAAAAAGUGGAAUCUGCUCAGAGUGAACAAAAGAACCUCUUCCUUGUCAUAUUUCAGCGUUUUAUCAUGAUCUUGACUGAGCACUUAGUACGAUGUGAAACUGAUGGGACCAGUGUAUUAACACCGUGGUAUAAGAACUGUAUAGAGAGGCUCCAGCAGAUUUUCUUACAGCAUCACCAAAUCAUCCAGCAGUACAUGGUGACCCUGGAGAACUUGCUCUUCACUGCUGAAUUAGACCCUCAUAUCCUGGCUGUGUUCCAGCAGUUCUGUGCCCUGCAGGCCUAAGGGUUAUUUUUUUCCCCUCAUUUCAAGACUUUUUAAAAAAUCUCAAAAUUACUUGUCUUAUUUUUGAUGGUUUGAAUGCUUGCUUUCCUGUAGCAUCCUUUCACUUAUCAAAGGAAACGGGGGGAGGAGGACAGUGAAGAAUAUGGCUUUGAUUACCUUCAGCAAAUAUUCCCUAGUGACAAUAAUGUGAUGAUGACCAUAGGAUGUAUUAUAUAUGUGACAGAUACAAGUUUUCUGAUUGAUAUUUUUUCUCCUUAAGGCACAAGAUAACCGAUUUGAAGUAUGUGAAACACUAGAGGUCAAGCUUACAAAGUAGUAAAUAGAACUGAUGGGUUUAUUAUCAAGUAGCAUAGCUUUUCACAGCUCAUGGGUAACCUAACAUGGCUGAAAUAAAACUAAAAAUAUGUUUUUUAAACUUUGGUAUUUCAUGAUUUAUCAUCUCAGUCUACUUUAAAGUUGGUGAUUUCUUACUGAAGGUGUACUUACCUCCAUUUGAAAUUUUCUCUUCAAAAUAUUUUUUAGUAUUUUAAGACACUACUUGUUAUUAUAAAAAAGUUACUAUUUACAAUAGCAGUUCCCAAAUUUGUCUGAACAUAAAUCAUCUGGGACUCUUCCGUUAUUUUUCUAAUUAAACUACAAUCUCUGGGAGUGGAACACAGACGUGAUUGGAGUUGUUAAGGCUCCCCAGUUGAUUCCAACGUGCAGAUGAGUUUGGGAACCAUUAUCUUAGAGCAUCUGGUCAUUUCCUUUAGUCUCAGAGACAGAUUUGUCCAAGGUCAUAUAACAUGCUAAAGUGGAACUAGAAGUAGCUAGAUUGGCUAAAACUAUAGUUGGAAUUAGAUGUAGGUUUGGAUUUUGUUUCUAUGGAACCUGGUCCAAGUAACUGCUAAGUCCUGAGCCUGUUUCCUAUAUGGUGUUGAGGCGUAACUAAGAUAAUAAAUGAGAGUACAUUGUAAAAUAAUAUACAGGUGUAAGGGAUCGUCUGACAUUCCAAAUUUCUAGCAAUUUUAGACUUUUUUCAUUAAACCUUAGGAAAAGUUUACCAAUAAUCCCACAACUGGUAGUGUUUUUGUGUAUUUGUACAACAUAAGUAUCUUUUUUUAACUUACUACAUCAUAAGUUUAUAAUGCAUUAAGUAUUUUCCAUAUUGAUAUAUGGUCUUUGGUUUACCAUACAUUUAGUGGCUACAGAAUACAGUCUACUCAAUAGGGAAUUCCGAGGAUUUUUAAAUACCAUUCCAUUUAAGCCAAGAAAUAAUUAUUCACAAGAUUAUGGUUGCAUAGCAAGUUACUAGCAGAACGGGGACUAAAACCCAGGUUCUUGGCUAAAUAUUCUUUUGUUUAUACUGUUCCUCCUUUCCACAAACUACAUAAUUAGUUAGAAAUGGCUCCUGUCCUCAAGAAGCCAAAGGAUAACCAGUUAAGGCUUUGGUAACUUUGACCCUAAACUGCUUUGUAAUCUUUCACAAUGUAUUGCAAAGUUUGGCUAGUUACACUUACUUGAUCUAAAUUCUAGAGGAGUUUCUAGGUUUUUACUUCCCUUCUCUUGGAUCCUCUCUUCAUGUAUAAUGGUUGCUUCUAACAACUGUUCACUGAUGUGACCCUGCCUUGUCCCAGUCUGGCAGCUAGGUAUAUGGGAAAACUGAACUAGAGAUGGAAUGUCAAAGAAAUAAAGGUGCAAGAGCAAACAUUCAACAGUUGCUUUCCCACUAGUGAAGCUCACACAGACAAAAGAAUGGCAUGUCACUGUACAUCAUACCUUGCAAUAAAGCAAUAUUCUAUUAAAUUGUA